AUGAAGUCUGUUCUUUUCUUAUAGGAAGUGUAAUAUCACAUUAAAUUAUUCAACACCUCACAUUUAUUCAGGAGAUCACCAGGAACCCUGGGAGAGCUUUCGUGUUCACGAUUCGACUCUUGUCGAAGCUGUAGGAAAAUAUUUACAUGGAUGCCAAUAACUGGGCGGCGCAACCUCUUGCACAGGCUCAGGGUGGUGACGCCACCAUCAUAACAGCGGGGGCGGCUGCACCAGCGGCUUCAGGAGCCAUGGAGACGGGCGAUUGGCGGGCCCGACUCCCACUAGAAGCCAGACUAAGGAUUGUUAACAAGAUAACGGAAACUUUAAAGCAGCAUCUUCCGUUGUCUGGGCAAGAGGGGCUGCAGGAACUUAAGAAAAUUGCAGUGCGUUUUGAGGAAAAAAUUUAUGCUGUUGCAACAGAUCGGGCUGAUUAUCUGCGGAAGAUAUCCUUAAAGAUGUUAGCAGCAAUGGAGACUAAUGCUGCAAAUAGUAGUCAUAGUGCUCAAGGAACAGGUUGAGGCUAGAGCUGUCUUCCUGUGCUCGUUGCUCGAGAGAUCAUCUAGGAGGGAAGACUUGGUUCGUGCUUCCUCCAUUCUGUUUUUAAACAUUAAUAAACAUGCUCAUGAAUAUUUUACUAUAGAGCCUGCGUGCUCAUGUUUGCCACGUGUGGCAUUUGUUUUCAAACUAUGUUUUCCGCUACGUAUUCGAUUGCUUAUUAUGUUGUUUAUGGAUGGCUUACGUGUGAAUGAUAUUCGAGACGCCUUGUAUAAUAUGGAUGUGCUUGACUGUGGUUGACUAUUCGUAUU